AUGGCUCAACCGAUGGAUAGUUUGAUUACCGAUGAAUUCGAAGUUAUUGGAUUCGACGAGCAAGAUGGGGAAUCGAAUGAAGACGAGCUUUGGAGUGUGCAGCAGAGCAUUCGAAUCGAUCCUGAAACCAUGCAAAUGCCACAUGAUUUGCCAUUCUCGGCAAUUCGAACUAUUCACGCGGAAUCUUUAAAGAAUGAGACACCAAUUCUCGUAGAUUCUCUCGGAGUUGAAACCCCCAAAGAAUCAUUGGCUACAGAAGACAAAGAAUCCACGCCAAAAGCUUCUUUAAAUCCAGAAAUGUCUAUUGUCUCACCAUCGGAGUGCUCUACUGAUAAAAACUCGCUAGCUGAAAUUGACGCGAUUGAUUCUGCUGAAAAUGACCUCCGAAUGUCAUUGAUCUAUGUCGAGCAACUCAAAAAACAGUUGAACGCACAAGCGACGAAAAUCGCCGAGCUGGAGCAGAAUGAAGCGAUACGGAAAGAGAUGAUAAAGCUGGAAGAGGCGAAUUUGGAGAAGGCUAGGGCGGAUAUUCAAGCGACUUUUGAAAUUGAAAAAAAGAAAUUCGAAGCGGAACUGGAAUCAAGUCGCAAUGAGGUACAAUCAUUGAAAGAUGAACUAGCCGCGGCGCGUCAAAGCAUUGAAAUUUACCAGACUAACCUCGAGAAGAUGACCGACAAUAACCACGAAAGCCUGAUGGAAGAGAAUGAGAAUCUCAAGAAACAGCUCAGCGAGCAGGCGGCCAAGUAUUACGAGGAGCUCGAACUCCGACAGAUGCUCGAACAUCAGGUGUCUUCAAUGCAAACCGGAGCUUCUUGCUUCGAUCCGCCAUACGCCAUAAUUUCCCGUGAGCUGGCGAACAAGACUGAAUAUGCGUUGAAGCUUGAGGAUGAGAUAAUGAUGCUUCGCGAUAAGGUUGCCACUAUGGAUAUUCAAAUGAAGUGUAUGAAUAUGGAUAUAGACAAUCAGAAGAUGAUUGUGGAUCUUCUUCGAGAGGAUCAAAUUGAGAGCACUAGAGAGCUUGCUGAGAGAGACCAGAAGAUUGAGCAGCUCGAGCAUCUUUGUCGUCGAACUGCACUGAUUGAUAAUGAUUUUGCUUAA